GCUUUGAUUGAGAGUUCCUGCAUGGCAGGGGGUUGGACUUGGUGGCCCUUGUGGUCUCUUCCAACUCUAUGAUUCUGUGAUCCUUUAUGGUCAUUGCAUAGGUCAGAAUUCUGUUCCAUCCAUGUAAUGACCAAAUUUCUCCCCACAAAACUCACUUUGUAAGCAGUGCUGUCCCAUGCCCCAAUGUGGCCAUUCUUGUGUUGUGAGAUCAAUGGGGACAUCAAUUAUUUUCUUGUUGCUGGUCACACUGCAAGGAUGUCAUCUGCAGAGAGCACCCAGUGUCUUUGCAGAUGCCUCCUGCAGCACAUACAGAAGAAAGCUCCCUGCUGCUCCACCCAUUCUCCUAACAACUUGGAAAGGGCUGUUUGGGGUGGUGGGACUCUGCUACUUAUAAGGUUCUCUCUUUUACCUCUUUAUGAGAACACUGCCUGGUCCUGUUGUACAUCGUUAAACUGGAGCUUCUUAGCCCCUUGGGUAGCAGAAAAGAUGCUUGAUAAUAUCAAAGGCUGGGCUGAAUAUAUUGUGGAAUGGGCUGCAAAGGAUCCAUAUGGAUUUCUCACAACGGUGAUCCUGGCUCUUACACCUCUCUUCUUAGCAAGUGCAGUACUGUCUUGGAAAUUGGCAAAAAUGAUAGAAGCCAGGGAGAAAGAACAAAAGAAGAAGCAGAAACGCCAGGAAAAUAUUGCAAAAGCUAAACGAACAAAGAAGGACUAAAAUGCAAGUCCUACUGGACAGAACUUUUCUUAAUCAUGCACUCUUCUUGUUUAUAUUUUUAAUGUUGUAAUCUUUCUAGGAGAUGGAUAUGACUAAAUCUUUUUAA